AUGGAAGCAGACGCCCUGAGCCCGAUGGGGCUGGGCCUCCUGCUGCUGCCCUUCUUGGUCACGCUCCUGGCUGCCCUGUGCGUGCGCUGCCGUGAGUUGCCAGUCUCCUAUGACAGUGCUUCCACAGAGAGUUUGUACCCAAGGAGCAUCCUCAUCAAACCACCCCAAAUAACCGUCCCCCGAACACCUGCUACUUCCUACCCUCUUGUUACUUCCUUCCCACCCCUGAGGCAGCCUGACCUGCUCCCCAUUCCGAGAUCUCCACAGCCCCUUGGGGGCUCCCAUCGGAUGCCAUCUUCCCGGCAGAAUUCAGACGAUGCCAACAGUGUGGCAAGCUACGAGAACCAGGAGCCAGCCUGUAAGAAUGUGGACGAAGAUGAGGAUGAGGACGACUAUCCCAACGAGGGCUACCUAGAAGUGCUGCCUGACAGUGGUCCUGCCACCGUCCCUGCUGUCUCCUCUGCUCCUGUGCCCAGCAACCCUGACCUUGGAGACAGCGCCUUCUCUAUGGAGUCGUGUGAAGAUUACGUGAAUGUCCCUGAGAGUGAGGAGAGCGCAGAGGCAUCUCUGGAUGGGAGCCGGGAGUAUGUGAAUGUGUCCCAGGAGCUGCAGCCAGUGACCAGGGCUGAGCUGGCCUCUGUGAACUCCCAGGAAGCAGAAGAUGAAGGAGAAGAGGACGGGGUGGAUGGAGAGGAGACUCCUGACUAUGAGAACCUAUAGGAAGUUAACUGAAAGCCUGCUAUGUUUCAGCUGCAGCUGUCUGUCCUGGAACUGAACUUGCUGGGGGUGUCGCUAAGGGGGUUCCAUUUGACCUCUGCCUUGCCUAC